GGAGAUAUUAUUUAGUAUUUAUCUAGCACCCAACAUAUUUAACAGUGCCUUCAAGUUUUUAUAUUGUGGAGAUGUUCCACCAAUGAAUGCAGCAGGAUUUAUCAACCUAGUAGAUGUGGGUUUAAAGAAGAAGCACUAUAUAAAACAGUCG